AUGUGGGUUAUAAAUUCAUAUAGUAAUGAACAGAAGAGUGAAGUGAUGUUAAAUACAUCGAACUGUGUAAAUUUUAUUCAUUUGGUAUAUUCUCAUCCUAAAAGAAAUUCACUAAAUUUUCUUAAUAAUAAAUUGUGUAUAUUAUAUAUGAAGUAUUUUUUCUUAUUCAAACGGUUAAUAUACAUGAGAAAUAGGCCCUAUAGGCAUUAUGAUCCUCCCUAUUCUUAUUACAAUAAUAAACUGAAUAGAUUUUACUCAAAGAUACUGAAGAUUGAAAAUAAAAUAAUAUUAAUAAAAGGUAAUAGGGAAAAAAAGAGUUGCAAUUACCCAAUAGAAGAUGAUAUAACUUUUAUAAGUCCUAGAUCUUUAAUAAAUCGUGAUAAAGAGGAGAUUAAAAUGAUAAUUGGUCAAACUAAAAAUAUUAUCUCCAAGUAUAAAGCUACAAUUAUGAAGUUAAGACAUGAAUUUAAUGACUGUUAUUAUUGUAGAAGAAGAGAUCUAAGAAAUUGCUGUAAUUGCCUUUAUAUGGAACUUCGAAGAGAUUACAUUGAAUUUUUAAUACAGGAAUUAUCUUUGGAUUUGAAGGAAAUGGAAAAUAUCAAAUUUGGUAAAUCUCCUAAAUCUAAGUAUAGAACAUUGUCUUGUAAAUAA